AUGGACUUCAACCCUCGAGGAUCACAAGGCUAUCGGCCCGGCCAGAAAGCUCCUCCAUCUUCAGGGAAGAUGCGACAGGCGCCAGUGGAGCACGACAGCCUUGCCUUCCUGUUGAUGGAGCCAACAGAGAUCGCGAACUGCAUUACAGAUAUCGGUAUUCCUUUCUCCGCAGACAGUAUCAACAACCCACAGUCUCCCAUGAUUAUCCGUGUCGUUGAACGAAUCCUGGAAAAUCUUACCGGACUUACCGUCGAAGGCAUAACCCCCGUCUUGGAUAUAGUCAGUGAGGAUUUCGAAUUCGGCGAAACCAUGAUCGAUACUAUGCGCAUGAUGGCCUGUUUUCGGUCGUUGCGUUCGCUCCUCGGUGUAUGUGGGAUGAAAGACUUGCAGCUUAGCGACUUACUCGCACCAACCAGACCCAGAGUUAUCAAGAUGUUUUCAUAUCUUAUCAAUUUUGUGAGGUUCAAGACCGAACAUCAGCCGACUAUCGAUGAGCAUGCGAAUAAAUUCGAAAGCAUAAAGCAAAGGGUCGAUACCCUUGAGAUCGAGCGCGACGAACUACAACAUAAACUCGAAACCCUUCAGAUUCAACGGAGGCAGGAAGAACCGCUUGUUAAGAAGUUACAAGAGGAGAGACAACAGGCUAGAAUCUUGCUAAGCGAGUUAAAGAGGGAACAGGAAGCUUUAACGAAUGAGUUCCAGGAAGCCAAGAAUGAACGGAAGAUGCUGAAAGAUGCAUUGAUACAGGCAAACGAAACAAAGCUAAGACUGAAGCAAGAUUGUGAAAGACUCCGCCCGUAUAUUUUUGAUGAGCCUGGUCGCUUGCAACAGCUCAACAAUGAGAUGGCCGGACAGCUGGCGAUGGAAAAAAAUAAGCUUAUGCAAGCCGAAAGGCGGGCAAGAGCACUCCAGACCACAGCAGACUCCUUCGGAGUGAUUGAGACAGAUGUCAACGCUUGUAUUAAAGUUAUGGAGGAGUGUGAGGCCGAGCUGUUGAGGGAGGAAGAAGGUGAUAGAAAAGCCUCACGACACAAGGACGUUCUAAGAAAACGACAGCUCGAAUUCCAGGAUAUGGAAAAGAGAGAAGAAGUAUUGAAGGCAAGAUUGAUCAGUUCACAGGAGAAAGUCAGCACUGCGAAGCAGCAAGCAGAGAGCAAGGGCAAUGCUGCGAGAGCAAGGAUGGCAGAAUUGAGGGGCGUGUACGAUCAAUUAGCGAGUGAGAGAAGGGAGAAGAGCCACGACAUGGACAAGCUCAAAAUGCAAAUCGACUUGAAAGAGAAACAGUGCCAAGAUACAAAAGAGUUUGUGGAGAACGAAGCCCGAGAAACCAUGAACGAGUUCGGCAGGCUUACUGCACAUGUUAACUACUAUAUGCAGGAGAUGAAGCAGCAAAUGGACUUGAUCUCGGUUUCUUAG